GAGUUUCGAUUACGGGUUUUUCGUAUAGUUUACGAUGAUUUGAUGAGAGAUCUUUUCGCAACGAAAUUUAAAUUCAUGAAUUAAACUUAUUGUUGGCGCAUCGAAACUGACAUUUCAAGCUGUCAAUCUGGUUGUGACCACACAUGUAAACAUGUCAAUUCAAUUGUAAUACGCUGUUGUGAAUAAGACGAAGAAAAAAAAAUAACAAAUUGCAAAAUAAAAUUAUUAGUACGAAUCGUGAAAUUAAUAAUAACACGGAAAUGCAAUUCAUGCUUAGUCUGAUAAUUCGUUGUCAUUAAAUGGAAUUGCAUUUUACAUUAAAAUCGAUUCUUUAAUAAUUCAGUGGAUUGAAGAAGAGAUAUUCAACAGCUGUUGAAUAUUUUUUACCUUUAAUAAAAAUAUAUUAAGAAGAUGUCAUGACACCGAUGUUUACUAUUUAAACAAAACCAAAAAACAACAUUUUAAGACACCAUUUGAAUCGAUGUGAUACGAAUGUUAACACAAUGAAAUUGUACAAAUUAAUCACACAUCAAAGAAACUUCAGUGCUGAAGACCUGAUUCUAAAUCCGAAGGAUCAUCCCGAAGCAAAAAUCGGCGAUGUCGUCGAGAUCUAUUUGCCAGACGACGAUGGAAUUCGAUUAUUGUUGCAAAUCACAUCCUUUCAAGAGGACAAAAAGGGAGCCAAAGAUGUGAUCAGCAUUGAUGCGAACAUUGCAUCAGCAUUCAAUUUACCCACUUAUUCCGAGGUGGUGAUGCGAACCAUUGACCCAGCCACCGUGGCUUUAGACUCAGUCGAAAUCACAUUCAAAGACCAAUACAUGGGCAGAUCAGAAAUGUGGCGACUCAAAACUUAUUUGACAAAUACAUGCGUGUAUACCAAUAAAAAGAUUGAAUAUUGUACAUCGUCAAUUCGUUGUCAAAUCUAUGAGCUGUGGUCUCAGGGCGACCGGGUGGCAUGCGGUGUCAUCACCGAAGACACAAAAGUCGUAUUUCGUAGCAGUACAUCGAUGGUUUAUCUAUUCAUUCAAAUGUCGUCAGAGAUGUGGGACUUUGACAUUCAUGGUGAUUUGUAUUUUGAGAAGGCGGUCAAUGGUUUCCUAACCGAUUUGUUUAUGAAAUGGAAGAAGAUGGGAUGCAAUCAUGAGGUGACAAUUGUAUUAUUCUCUCGUACAUUCUAUGCGGCAAAAAAUUUGGACGAAUUUCCACCGACGAUGCGUGAAUGUUUACAAAUGGAUUAUAAAGGUCGAUUUUAUGAGGAUUUCUAUCGUGUAGCUAUUCAAAAUGAACGCAACGAUGACUGGAGCUCGAUAUUAGUUCAAUUACGAAAAUUGUUUACGGCAUAUCAAAACAUUGUGUUACAUUAUCAUGAACGGCCGGGCGGUGUUACAAUACCAUCGGCUACAAAUUCAACGGCGGCCCAAGGAAAUUUUCUUGAAGUACUCAAUAUUUCGUUGAAUGUUUUUGAAAAACAUUAUUUGGAUCGUAGCUUUGAUCGAACCGGACAAUUGUCCGUUGUGAUAACACCGGGUGUUGGUGUGUUUGAGGUCGACAGAGAAUUGACCAAUAUCACCAAACAACGAAUAAUCGACAAUGGAGUUGGCAGUGAUUUGGUGUGCGUCGGUGAACAGCCAUUACAUGCUGUGCCUUUGCUGAAGUUUCACAAUAAAGACUCAUCGAUAGAUGCUAUUGAUGACUAUUCCAUGCCACAUUGGAUCAAUUUAAGUUUCUAUUCGACAAAUAAAAAGGUUGCCUAUUCAUCAUUUAUACCGCGUAUCAAAUUGCCGCCAUUGCGAUCGCAGUCCGAUAAAGAGGAUGAAAAUAAAGAGAAUCAACGGCAAAAAUUCAGCAUUGAUUCACAUCAAAGCGAGUAUAUUCAUAACUCGCUAUUCGAUUAUGAUGCAUAUGAUGCACAAAUAUUCACAUUGCCUUCAAUACAUGGGACAUGCUCUCUGCAUCGUAAUCCGAGAGCGAAGAAAUCAUCUGUACCAAAUAUUGAUAUUUAUAGCACAACAAUUUCAUCAAAUGAUUUGAAGGCAUCCACAUCACCAAAGCAAAUUCUAAGUCGAAAGCGAUCGGAACCAGACAUUCAUUAUGGCACAAAUAAUCUCGGUGAAUUGGUUCGAUUUGAUAAUUUGAAUGUAUCCGAAUCAAUGACAACCAUUGAAAAGCAAUCCAGAAACCAUGUACCAAUAAAUGAGUCAAAAUUAUUAACACGUCCCGGCCGUGCGUUGAUAAAUCCAUUUGCUCCGUCCCAUGUAACAAUUAAAUUAACCUCAAAUCGUCGACGAUGGACACAUAUUUUUCCAAAAGGACCAACAGGUGUGCUGAUUCAACAGCAUCAUUAUCAAGCAGUUCCAACAAAUACAUUCAAUUUUGUUACAAACGAAAAUAACGAAAUGGUUUCUAUGAAGCAAAUGACCACCGGCAACCAGAACAACAACAGAACAUUGAAUCAAUCGUUCACCGGAAGCAUAUGCAGCCUAUCCAGCAUUUCAGAAUAUAAGCGAAAAUCCUCAAUAUUACAUUCUCCGGCUGGUCCAAUGACGAAUGUUGAACCAUCGAAAACAUUGACGCUGCUAUGGGGUGCAACUGGUGAACAAGAAUGGACACCGGCUCUAACAACUGGACUCGCAGCCGGCAAAAUAAUAAUAGGUGUAGACUGGAAAUCAUUAACGAUUCCAGCAUGUUUGCCAAUCACAACGGAUUAUUUUCCCGAUCAACGUUCGCUGCAUAAUGACUAUGUUGUGUCCGAUUACACAUUAUUGCCGGAUAGUGUGAAUGCAGAAUACGCUGCGAAUCGUGCCAUUUAUCGAAAACCAUUGACUACAGAAGAAGUUUUCAGAGAACUGAUAUCGCAACGAUUGGCUCAGGGAUUCCAAUUGAUUGUAAUGCCCGACAAAACUGACCUGAAUCCAAAUACAUCACUUAGUAUGCAUUUAUCACGUCCAAAUUCGGGCUGUGGAAAUGUAUCAAUUAACCAUUUGAAAAGCGGUUCAAAUAUGAUUGCAAAAACUUCAACACCAAUUCGUGCCUCAAUUGUACAAUCGACGAAUACAGAACGAUCCAAAGAGUUUUUACUAUCAAUUGGACGAAUUUUUCAUAAAAUUGGUCUUAUCGAUUCCGAAAUUACUGUUACACGAUAUCGUCCACGUCAUCCGUAUCCACCAAUCAAUGUUGAUUAUAGGUAUCGAUUUCAAGCGCCGCAACACUCAACUUACGAAAUAUCUGGCGUAAAUUUCACCACAGAGAAAUUGGAACAUUUCAAUUGGAAUUACAUGGAUCAAUAUAUAUGUACACGUGGUGACAACGAUUAUUUAUUGCAAGAGAAUUUGAAAUAUUGGCGGUAUCGAUUGUAUUUGUUACCCAAAGAGCAUCCAGCAACCAAAAAAAUUCUCGAAAGUCCAACCGUAAUACCGUGCGAUAUCUAUACGGAAAAUAAUGGUGAUUGUCUAAAACAACAGACCGACGAUUUUAUGCGUUUUGUUGAAUCACAUCUUAAUAAAUUACGCAAAAGUCACAUACAAAAGAGUACGACCAGGUUACUGUUGCAGGGAAGCCCUACUGUACAACAAAGUCAUCUGACACGACGUCGACACAGUACCAGCAUAUUACCAAGACCGCCGCCACAGGUGUUGGCGAAUUCGCCAUUUAGAGAACGAUUAGGAAGUAAUCGUUUGCCAGCAACGAGACCUAGAUCUGGCAGUAAAGUGCUUGAUCGAAGUAAUAGCACCAAGGUUAUGCAGGCCACGGAAGCAACUUCGAUGGCAUUAAAUCCCGACCCAACUCUAGUGAUUACCACCGAAGACAACGAAGAGACAUUUUUAACGGAAACAAAAUUAAGUGCGUCGGCUACCUUAACCGAAAUUUUUGAAGCAUUUCGACAUCCAGUGACUGGCAUCAGUUUCUUAGCAAAGGUGCAAAGUUUACCAUCACAAACAUUUGUUUCGUACGAUGCAAUACACUGGUUGAACAAUCGAAUUGAAGGACCAUGUAAUGCCGUUGAAAUACUGGAACGAAUGAGAAGAGAGGGUAUGAUAUGUCAUGCAUCCGGUGAAAUAUCGAAACCAAUUGUGGCUGGAUACUUUUUGUAUUACAUCGUACUUCAAGACUCCAAAUCGAAAGAUUUUGUAAAGCCACUGAACGACUUGGAAGCCUUCGAGAAUGAGUGGAUGGAAAUCGAGUUAAAAUACGAAAGUUCACCAAAUGCCAAGGAGAUGAAUGUGCCACGCUUUUUGCAUGAUUCUGUUGAGAUGCAUUUUCUCGACGGUCCCGUUUACAAGCAAUUACACUUGGAAAUUGAUCCAGCACAAAAGAGUGAUCGUGUUGAAUGGGGCCAUGUUCGGUAUCAUACGACGGCAACGCCUGGUUAUGCAUUUGAAUUGGUUGUACAAUGGCUCACGUCAUCCGGUCCAAUUGUAUACGAUCUCAUUUAUGGAUGGAGUCGCAAAGCGCAAUUAUGUAAUUUCAAUCUAGUACCAAUUCCGGCCGAUUUACUUGCCGAACCAUUUACCGAAAAAUCAGAUCCACUUCGCGGACCAAUUUUUAUUCCAUUGAAUACAACAUGUUUAGAAAAAGAUGGAAAUUUAUUGUUUAAGGAAUUUCGAAAGGAAACAUUAAAUGAUCGCUUGAUAUUGUUUCAAGAGGCGAUUGUAACACGAUUCGGUUUCAUGCCAGCAUAUGUUGAAACAAAAAUGGGUUCGAAUGAAUCAUCAUUCGAUCGGCAAUAUGUUCAUUGUAGUGGUAAUAUGUUUGUAUUGGUGCCAUCACCGCAUCAAGGUCUAAAGAUUCGACGACGUCUUGCGUCCGGUGGUAAAUUAAAGAGACCCACUUUUGUGAAAAGAUUUCCAUUGAAUAACGUUUAUAAUGAAUCACAAAAUACGACACACGACACAUACGUCACCCGGCAUGUGAAUCUAUUACAAACAAAUGAAUUCGAUGUACCGCGAAAAAUUGGCUUUUUAUGGUCAUGGAAUCAUAUGGUGCCGAAUAAAAAAUGGAAAUCAUUCACAUUGAGCAGCUCACCGGACGCUGAACUAUUUCAAUUACGAAUGUUGGCCGAUUUUAAAGACUUUUGUUCGAAUCAAAACGACCGUUUGUUGCACUUUUGGGAAGAAUGUUGGGCUAUAAAAGGAGCAAUUAUGCAAAAUUCAGAGGAAUAGUCUAUUACGUAUAUUUACCAAUUUUUUUUUUCUACUUAAUUAAGAUGUAAAUUGUCUGGUCGUUGAACGAAAUAUGAAAGAAAAUAAAAGAAACAAAUAAAAGCA